AAUCUCCUCUUGGGACGAGCGCACGCUCAGUGUUCGCAUAUGGGGAAACAUCUCAUCAUCUAUCGUGACUGGAGUGCGUUUCAAUUUUGCAAGGAAGAUGAGACUCAUCUUGUGAACAGGAAUGAUACCAAGGUACCAGAGGAUUGGAUCACAAAGAUCUCGUCAAAACGCCCCCCGUCAGAUAUCCAAAGCUGUUGGAGGGAGGUGCAAGAUUCAAUGAUUUCGGGAACCGGUUGGCUGAAGGUAAAUAGAUUUGGAACUGAUGAUACUAGUCGCAAAUUGGUCAGAUACCGGAAGGAAGACCAAUCUAAUGGACCAUUCUUUCGGCUCAAGCUGGUAAAAACUCUGAGGUUGCCGUCUUCUGGUGUCGAGAUGUCGAGCUUCUUGAUGGUGCAACCUAUACCAGAUGAAGAAAUCACCAACUCGCUCAAGCUCUCUACCCUGCAUGAAGCUCGACACAAUCCUCUUGAGGUUGCCUUCUACCUCAUGGGUACGCAUACCGGAAUGAGUGUAGUACAACGAGACUGCCCGAAUGUUGGGACAGUUGGAGAUGAAUUCAGUUGGUUCUUGCAUCCCCAGGUUCAAAAAGGCACGCUGCCAUCUCCUGAUACACAAAUGGCGUGCAAA